AUGUCAACAACAGCUGCUUUAGCAGAAAAACUUUGAAGUUGGCGAUGUGAAAAGUUUGAUCCGUGUGCUGAUUAAAGGCUGUGAGUUUGUUCGUGCAUGGUGUAGCUGAACGUUGUUGCUACAGGAGCACCAUGUCGAUGUGGGUCCAGGCACAGCAGCUGCAGGGGGAGGCAUUGCACCAGAUGCAGGCGCUAUACGGCCAGCACUUCCCCAUCGAAGUGCGACACUACCUGGCCCAAUGGAUUGAGAGUCAGCUCUGGGACUCUGUGGAUUUGGACAAUCCAGCAGAUGAAGUCAAAGCCAAGCAUCUGCUGGAAAACCUGGUGGGUGAGCUACAGAGAAAAGCUCAGCAUCAAGUUGGAGAGGAUGGCUUUCUGCUUAAGAUCAAAUUGGGUCAUUACGCCAACCAGCUGAAGAGCACUUACGACCGCUGUCCUUUGGAGCUGGUGCGCUGCAUCAAACACAUCCUCCGUUCAGAGGAGAGACUGGUUCACGAGACGACAAAUGCUAGUUGUGGGAGCGGGGUGCAUGUCAUGGACAGCUUGUCUCAGCGCCACCAGCAGAUCAACCAGACCUUUGAAGAGCUUCGACUGGCCACCCAGGAAACUGAAAAUGAACUACGAAAGCUACAACACAGUCAGGAGUACUUCAUCAUCCAGUACCAGGAGAAUCUGCGUAUUCAGGCCCAGCUGAGCAGCUUGACCUCGCUGCCUCCCGCAGAGCGCACCCAGAGGGAGACCAGCCUGCAGAGCAAACGAGCCACUGUGGAGGCGUGGCUCACCCGAGAGGCCAGCACGCUGCAGAAAUACAGGCUUGACUUGUCUGAGCAGCACCAGAAGACUCUUUCGGUGCUGAGAAAGCAGCAGACUCUGAUCCUGGAUGAGGAGCUGAUCCAGUGGAAGAGGAGGCAGCAGCUGGCGGGCAACGGUGGACCUCCUGAGGGAGGACUGGACAUCCUUCAGUCCUGGUGUGAGAAGUUGGCUGACCUGAUCUGGCAGAACCGGCAGCAGAUCCGACGUUGUGAGCAUCUCACCCAGCAGCUUUCUCUGCCAGGUCCCAUGGAAGAGCUUCUGGGCAAGCUCAAUGCUGACAUCACAGAUAUUAUUUCUGCUCUGGUUACCAGCACCUUCAUCAUCGAGAAGCAGCCGCCCCAGGUGUUAAAGACGCAGACCAAGUUUGCAGCUACGGUGCGCCUUCUAGUGGGCGGAAAGCUGAACGUCCACAUGAACCCUCCUCAGGUUAAGGCGGUCAUCGUUAGUGAGCAGCAAGCCAAAGCUCUGCUGAAGAACGAGAGCACGCACAGUGAAAGCAGCGGAGAAAUCCUCAACAAUAACUGUGUGAUGGAGUAUCAUCAGACCACCAGCACCCUCAGUGCGCACUUCAGAAACAUGUCACUGAAGCGGAUCAAGCGUUCAGACCGACGAGGAGCAGAAUCUGUCACAGAGGAGAAAUUCACAGUUCUGUUUGAAUCCCAGUUCAGCAUCGGGGGCAAUGAGCUGGUCUUCCAUGUCAAAACUUUAUCACUGCCUGUGGUUGUGAUUGUCCACGGCAGUCAGGACAACAACGCCACUGCAACAGUCCUGUGGGACAACGCUUUCGCCGAACCCGGUAGAGUGCCUUUUAUUGUGCCUGAAAAGGUCCUGUGGCCUCAGCUGUGUGAGGCCCUGGAUAUGAAGUACAAGGCAGAGAUGAACAGCGGGCGUGGCCUGUCGGAGGACAACCUGGUUUUCCUGGGCCAGAAGGCUUUUGCCAGCAGCAGCAACAACCCUGAAGACUACCGCUCCAUGACCAUAUCCUGGGCCCAGUUCAACCGGGAGAACUUGCCUGGACGCAGUUUUACCUUCUGGCAGUGGUUUGAUGGAGUUGUGGAGCUGAUGAAGAAAUAUCUCAAACUUCACUGGAAUGAUGGGGCCAUCCUGGGAUUUGUGAACAAGCAGCAGGCUCAAGACAUGCUGAUGUCCAAACCCAAUGGCACAUUCCUACUUCGCUUCAGUGACUCUGAGAUUGGAGGCAUCACCAUCGCCUGGGUUGCUGAAAACCCAAACAAACCAGGUGAGAGGCUUGUGUGGAACCUCUUGCCUUACACAACAAAGGACUUCUCCAUUCGAUCCCUUGCCGAUCGCAUCAGUGAUCUGAACCACCUUCUGUUUCUCUACCCUGAUCGCCCAAAAGAUGAGGUGUUUGGUAAAUACUACACACCCCCACUCUCAAAAGCAGUGGACGGAUACGUAAAACCGCAGAUCAAACAGGUUGUGCCAGAAUUCACAACACCCAAGGCAGAACCCAGUGUAGGAACUCCCACCUUUAUGGACCAGACACCUUCUCCCUCUGUUGGUCAACCCAGCUCCUUUGGUGUCUACCCUUCGAUGAGUGAUGCCAUGUUGGAUGCAGAUGGAGACUUUGACCUGGAGGACACCAUGGAUGUUGCUCGCCAUGUGGAGGAGCUGCUCCGUAGACCCAUGGCCAACCAGUGGAGCAGCCAGCAGUCCUGAAUCUGGAGGCAGAAGCACCUUCAGAUCUUCUCCAGCUUAUUGAACAUUAACACCCACACCUAUAAUCCCAGACUGUCCUCCUCAGUCCCUUCAAUAGAUCAGAGCUGGAUUUUUGGCUCUCCACAGGAAGUGAAGAAACCGCACAGAUGGUCUUCUUGCCUCAGGGUGUGUGUGGAAAUGGAGCUGCUGGCAUUCAUCUGUUUUUCCAGCAGUUUCCAAGCCUGGACUGUCGGUUUUUAAAUGGAUCACUGUUGAGCUGAAAGCGUGGAAAACUCGCACCAUAACUAUUCCAUGCCAUUUGUCUUUCUGGGCUUUUUCUUUUUUCCAAAAUGAGAAUGAAGUGACGGAUAAAAAAAAAAAAACACGACACUGUGGCUGCUGUCCAAAUGUUUCAGUGCAGCGGACAAAGAACUGGUUCCACAAAGUGCUUGAAGGCUGCAUCUGGUCCGGUUAACUGCUCGUCUAUCAGUUGAUCCUCUGCCGCUUUUUCUGAGACAGAAAUUAAGGCAGAAUCAACAGCUGACCACAUUAUCUCUCUGCGUGGUGUAUUUUUUUCUUCACCACAUAUAUUGUGCAUCAACACACACGCACUCUCAACACACACACCCCCAUGUGUCCAUAAUCAGGUCGCGACGCACAUCAGCGGCGACUCAAAAUGUAAACUGUUUAAUGUAGGUUCACGCCUCAUUUAACUUUUUUUUUCAUUCACAAAAUAUAUCAUCCGUGGUCGAUUUGAAGACUCCUCCAGGCCAGAAAAAGUAACGGCAGGUGUUAAUUAAUUUGACUUUGGCUGUUCUGGAUCUGGACUCUGACAUUCAGUUUUCUGAGCAGUAAGCUGUUUUGGGAGUGAUGUCACACAACCUAAAUCAGCUUUUUUCGGCUGACAGCGUGACGUUACCAAUGCUGCAUUGGUCAGCGCAGCCACAGAUUUUGACAUCUGUCAACAUGACCGAAGUCAAAAUGAGGCUCCACCUCCUGCUGCCUCUAACAUAUAUUUGUAUAGAUGUUACUUUCAGACUUUUUUCUGAACUGCACUCUAACCGUUGAGCAUGAUCCAUGCUGUUAAAACGUAUAUGUUUAAGACAGAGUGUAAUUUUUUAAAACCUUGAUGAUCCGCUGCCCUGAUGGUUUUGCCAGCCGCUGUGCAGCACAUGAAUCGGCGUAGCCUCUUUGUUUACACAGGCUUCAAUUAAUUUUUUUUUUUUUGUAAGAUGUAGCAUAAAAUUUAGUCUGUUAAUAAAGUUGAUUGAAAUUUCUAAUAGUGAAAAUAAUAAAAAUUUGCUGUUUUUGAAAAACAAAUCUGUAGAGUUUUAAAUACAUGUUCCACAGAGCAACAGUGCUGUCAUUGUUCCAUAUUGGUUAUUCAAGAAAUAUUUGUUUUCAAUGUCGACUCCUGGGUUUAGCUGUAAGUCAGACUAAACGUGUCCUACUCAUGCUGCAUUCGAAAACCGUGCGUUUGCUUGAUGAACUUGGAAAACGGUAUAGAUGCACAGGGUUUGUCUCAUUGAGAUCAAGUUCUCUUUUACAAGGGAGACCUGGACAAUUAAGUUUCCAAUCCACCUUUAGGAUUGUGGAUAACAGUGCUAACCACUAAGUCAUCAUGCCGCCUUGUCAUUACAGGGAACAUGAAUAAGUUCUUACAGCUGUUUUUUGUAAAUGUGUCACAACUAUUGAAAACAUAUCUGCAAAAAUUGCCAACCUCCCUAAAAUAUAAAGACUGCAAACAUCACAGACAAAAACUGCAGCUCAUGGUCAUCCUGACUCUUGCUGGUCAGUUAAUUUAUUGCACAAUACUAUAAUAUGCAAAAUGCCACAAAAUAAAUCAGUCAUUUUGGUUGCAAAAAGCAAAACAUCACAAUAUGGUGAAAUCCUGGAGGGACUGAUAUUUGUCUCAGUACUUUGUGGGACGGGUUUGUUACCUGCACUGAAAAAAAAGUACUUGAACCAACUUGAGUUGUGUCGAAAUUAAGUUAAUAAUGAAUUUAUUUAAUUUCAAAGAACUUAAAUUCAUUUAGAUGUUACCAAUUGAAUUCAAUUAAGUUGGUUCUUUUUUCAGUGUGCAUGUUUUUUAGAUUUCUGCAGUUGUGUUUUAUGGACUAUAAUGAGCUUUAAUGAUGAUGAAUGUUUUAGAGGAAUGACUAACAUUUUGGACCUCAUUUUUGCUUCAUGUUUAAUUAAAAAUACAAAACCUUGUGA